AUUCAGCUGUCGAUAUAACUUCGGGUUUAGUGAUUUGGUUAACGGCUCGUGCCAUUAAAAAGCGAGAUCCAUACAUGUAUCCUAGAGGGAGGACACGUUUGGAACCUAUUGCUUUGACGAUAAGACGACGACGACGACAACAACAAGGACGACGACGACUUCCGGCGGUGUCUAUAACGGCGAUAUAUGCAACUUUUUCUAUGAUCACUAUUUAA